AUGGCGGAAUUACGUCAAAGAAAAAUAUUUCGAUCGAAUUAUUUUAAAAAAAAUAUUAGAAAUCAACCAUCGGCAUUUCGACAAUCGGAAACGGUUGAAAAUUUUUCAUACGAUGAUUCAUCUUCGGAUGAUGCGGAUGUAGAAGAAGAAGAAGAAGAAGAAAAAGAAGAAGAAAAUCUCUCGGUACUCUUUUCCACGGGUAUAAAUUCUAAAAAUCUCACGGAUGAUUCGAAUGUGAUUCGAGGGGGAAAAACUGCGAAAAAUUUCGACAAGGGAAUCAAAAGAGAAGAAGAAAAAGAAGAAGAAUCGACAAGAUAUGCCAACUUUAUAACUUUUAAACCUUUCUUAAAUAAGGAGCCGGAAAAGUCGAAAACCAUGUCGGAUAAUAAUAAUUACGUGGGAAGAAGCAGAACGAAAACGUUUGAACAAACCAAAAACCGAAGUAAAUCUUUGGGUGCGACAAAUGAGAAAACAAGUUUUGAAGCGUACGAAGAUCGAAUGUUGCCCGCUUUGAAAAGGUAUAACGAGAGUUACCACGGAAACGAAGUCGUAAGAGAAUGUCAGUUGGCAAUUGAUCAAUAUGUAAAAACCACGCUGAACGAAAGAGAAAAAAAACAAGCUGCUUUACCCAUUUCCGUAUUCGGAAUCGAAAUGAUAGAAAAAUUUUAUUCGAAAAAUUUCACGGAAAAAGAAGAAGGUUUAAAAUUGUUACAAAAGGAAUUGCGAAAAAUUAUCAAUUCGACACGGGGUGAAAACCGCGACGACAAAACUUUGGGAUUCCAUAAUCGAAUCGCAAGAGCGACCGUGUUCCUCUUGCACAGAACGCUAAGAGAUAAAGUUUAUUCAAUAUACAGUUUGGCAGCGGAAACGAUUCGAUUAUUUUUCAGCGAAUUCGUACCUCAAAGGAUAUCACCGUCGGAAAUAGGUAGGAGCGUGGAAAAACUAUUACCGGAAUUACUCGUCAAAUCGGGAGAUGUCACUCCUAGAAUUCACAAUAUGGCCGCACACACGUUGCUCAGUAUGGCAGAAUGCGAAGAAGUCAGACGUUUAAACAUAAUUCCCGUGCAUUUAAGUAGACCUUUGACGGGAAGCGUUCAUCCCAGACUAGCUUUGAGUAGAUUGGAAAUGAUCGAACAACUUAUUUUAAACCAUGGGAUUUCAAAAGAUAAAAGAAGCGGAUUAACAUGUCGAACGCUGGCAGAAUUCGGUUCAUCGGGUUUGCAUCAUCCGGCAGAAGCCGUUAGAAAAGUUUCAGAAAGGAUAUUAUUACACGUGUAUAAAGUAAAUUCGAGAAUCGUUCGAAAACAGUUACCGCCGGAUGAUGACGUCACAAGAAGAAAUUUAUUAUAUAGGCAAUUAUUUAAAGAAUUUGAUUUAAUGGAUUCUGAGCAAAAUGUGCAAAGCAUAAAUAAUCCGAACGGAAAAAGUUUUUCAUUGAACAAUAAUCAAGAAAUCGAUAGGAAAACGUCUCCCAAUUUCGAAUCGCAAUUAAAAACAAUUAAAAAUUUCAUGUCAAUGAACGUUAAUGAAAAAAGUAAAAGUGUCGUUGUAAUUAGAAAAGGUGAAAAUAAAUCCGAUGUAAAAAAAAAUGAAAAAUCACCUUGUAAACAAUCGAAACAAAAUGUCGGGCGUCAAUCAAAUGUCGAAUCACGUUUAAAACAAAAAAAUUCAACGGCAUUUUCCAUCGGUGAGAACGAAACUGAAAAUAAAAAGAAAGGUGUGACGUCAUAUCAUAAUUUCCCGCCUUUAACGGAUUCCAUAGAUGAAGCAAAAGCGCGGAUUUUGUUUCAAAAAGUUAAAUUGGACAAAUCAAAGGGGGUCAAAGGAGAACGUUCUCGAACGAUUUGUCAAUCGAAAACCGUUACAACCGAAAUACAAAACGUGGAAAAAAGUUGUUGCGGUCCAUCGUUGAAAAAAAAAGAAACGAAAAAGAGAAAUGUUAAUUCUUCAGGCAUACCCAUUCCCAUCACGGGUUCAAAUAGAAAAUAUUUAAUUGUUGAUUCGAAAAAGAUUUUUAACGAUAAAAAAAUAGAUCGAAUUCCAAAUAAUACGAAUCCAGAUAAUGUUAUAAAAAAAAAUUUUCAAAAUCCACAUUCCCAAGAAUCGGAUGACAAAAAAAAAAAAAAGACGAAAAAAAGUAAAGAAAUAACCGAAAUGUCAUCAAACGAUAUUCUGGAAAAUUUGCAUAAAAAAGGAGGAGGGAUACCGGUGGAAACAUUUAUGCAGUAUUUAGAAAGUCAAAUAGAAAAAGUCAGCAGUAGAAAUCGUGAAUUCACACAGAAAAACAAUCAAUUUUCCGAAAGCAUGUUAGCAUCAAUUAGAGAAAAUGAAAAUCAAUUGGGUUCUUCGAACAAAGAUGACAAUAAUAAAGUUCAAAAGACAAAGUGUAUUUUUUGUUUGACUUCGGAAAAAUGGCCGAAUGAAGAAUGUUUAAACAAACAUUAUUUAAACGAUUGUCCAAUGUUAACAACGUGUGAAUAUUGCGUGGAAGUGACAGAGAUUUCAGGAUUUACAAAUCAUUUGCUGGAAGAAUGCAGUCAAAAGCACCUGUUUAAAAAAUGUUGUAAAUGUCAGCAAGCUGUUUUGGAAGACUUGUAUAAGAAUCACGAGUGCAUAAUUGCUAAAAAUAAAACGCUAAAAGCCAAAUGUCCAUUUUGUCAUAAAGAUGUUGGUAACGAUGAAACCUCUUGGAGGAAUCAUUUAAUGGGAAAAAAUAUUUGCUCAAAUCAUCCUAGACUGGGAAAUUAG